AUGGGCUACACGCAUUACUAUUACGUGAUUGAUAAUCAGAUCUGGGACACCGUGCUGCCUAUACUCAAUAAUGACUUACAGCUAAUCAUUGAGGCCGCGGACAUUCCAAUAGAGAGCCAAUCUUAUCAUAACGUCUUCUAUGACUCAGCGAGAGGCAUUGAUAUCAAUGGGAUCAACGACGAUUCUUGUGAACCACUUCUGAUACCACCAGCCUCAAAUAAAACCGGUCAGAUUCUUGGAAGAGAAUAUGUGGCGAAAUGGUCAACUAAGACUGCAUCAAAACCUUACGAUCUAACAGUGACCUUGUUACUGUUGAGAUUGAAGCAGCUCGCGGGAGUCGAAAUUGAACUCUGUUCCGAUGGAAGAUGGGAUGAAUGGCUUCCAGCGCGAGCAUUGUACGCUGCACUAUGGCCUAACGAAAGUCUCGAGUGCCCUUUCAAGGAGGUCAGACCAAAUACACUACGGCCAAGCCUGAACAUUAGACCACCGCCAGAUGCUCCUGAGUGGAGUCUUGAGAAGCCUCUUUCAUCUGCUCGUGCAGCAGAAAGACUUGCACUGUGUAUCCAGAAGUUUAAGGAGUAUUCUUUCGGACUGAACCAAGCCUUAGAGGCCUGCACCACAAGCCAAAUCGAACACAGACUCUGUGCUCCAGGCAUUGGAUUUUCUUGGCCUCUUGACGACAUCAGUUUUCGUCUCGUCGAUACUGAACGAAAUUGUGUUGUGGAAAAUAGCACAGGGCAUACCUUUGUUGCACUGAGUUAUGUUUGGGGCAAUGCCUGUCAACUUCGUCUAACGAACGAUACCCAUUUGCAGCUCCUGACUGAAGGUGCACUUGACAUUAACGGCCUUCAACCCUCCCAAACAAUAAUAGAAGCUAUCGCAGUCUGCAGAAUUUUGAAACAGCGAUAUAUCUGGAUUGAUUCCCUCUGCAUCAAACAGGAUGAUAGUCGAGACAAGGCCAUCCAGAUUCUGCGCAUGCGUCAGAUAUACCAAAAGGCUACUUUUACUUUGAUUGCAGCUUCCGGAAAAAACGCCGAUGCUGGGCUGGAGUUUCACGAUUCGUCAAUAGGUGAUAUUCGAACGAUGGAUGAUAUAUAUAAAACGUCCGUAUGGCGCACAAGGGGUUGGACAUAUCAGGAGGAUGUACUAUCCUGCAGGCAAGUCAUCUUCUCUUGCACUGGAUUGUACUUCAACUGUCAAAAUCAACUUCAAAGAGUAUUCAAGGAUCCAAAAGUCCCUACCAGAGAUUUCAUUCAGAACAAGACUUCUCUCCUCAGGACGUUGACUCUACCGGGUUGCCAACUUCAAGCCUAUUGCCAGGCAGUCAUGGAGUAUACCACUCGAGAUCUCACUUUUGAGACGGAUUUGUUGAAUGCCUUUCAAGGAAUCAUUCAGUGCUUCGGUGCAAAAAUGGACGACAUUCCCAACCUAUUCUAUUACGGCCUACCGACGUCAAGCUUUGACCAGAUGUUUUGUUGGGACACCGAAUACCAUCAACCUCUUACACGUCGGUCAGAAUGGCCAAGCUGGUCCUGA